CAAUGCCGAGGUGGCUAGAGACAAAACUUUGUAACCCGGUACUUGUUGUAAAACGUUUUGAGAUCAUUUUCGAGACACUGCCAGAGUUGCAAUGUUGCAGGAAAACAAUAAUAACCAAUAAUCAAUAUGUAUGGCUGACAUAGAGGGCCCGAAAUCUAAUUUUUGCUCCGAGUCCCAAUGGAGGCGUGCGUGGCUAGGCUCUGGACUAACUACAACGUCUGCACCGACGUGUAUCAUCAUAGUAAUAACCGGAGGACAUUUUCGUUUUACGUCUGGUGACAUGGUCCAAGUGGCACUUCACAAAGUCGCCGUCCUCCCCGGCGGGUUGAGGCUGCCCGGUUCCGUGUGAUGGCUCCACAGUGACAUCACUGUUUUUCCCUCUCCGUCAGAACUUCUAGUUGCGACAAAUCCAAAGCAGGGCACGGAGGGCUCCACUUCUGUGACUUGAAUACACCGGGAACGUGACCUGAAAAGUUGACAUGUUGUUUUAUACACACAUGGGCCGCAUUAUAAGCACGGAGGCGAUAAGAUGCAGAUGAAAGACAAAUCAAGUGGAUGUAAAUAGUUGUCCAGAGAAGACUCCAAGAAAGUAGCCACUUGGACUGGGACCCAAACAUCUAUCAGAUGAGCACCAUGGAUCUCAACAAAGAGAGGAAAUGGUCCAAGCUGAGGGGUCACCUGCAUAUGAUGGGCUAUAAUCACUAUUUAGGAGCAGAAUCGGUCCCCCUUGUUGAGAAACUUUUCAGUGAUCUGGUCCACACGACCGAAACCCUGAACGAAUCUCAAAGGUCGACAGACAAGUCGGAGAAAGAAACCCAAAACUGUGACGUCCGCUUGGCUCGGGAGAACCAAAACCUUCACCUUGAGCUCAUGAUGGUGAAGGGCGAGAAAGCCCACAUGACCAAAGAGUUGAAGAUCUACAUCACGAAGCUGGAUGACGAGCUUGCUUUGCUGACGUCUUUGAACAAGCGGUAUUCGCAAAAGAUCCACAGUCUGGAGAAGGACUGCAAAGAAAAGGCCAGGAUCAUCCGCCAGUUACGAAGGAAGAAUUUGAAUGGUGGGGCACUUCACGCAGUGUCUCCAUCUGAUGAUCCGCAUGCAGCCGACCUGCAGCAGGAAGAACUCACAAAGUUAAAAACAGAACUGGAAAAUUCUCAGGAACACAUACAACUCUUAAGUAGCCAAAUCGAUGAACUGCAAGAGACCAACGUCACGCUGGAACAAAAGCUCAAGGGAGCGGGGCACAAGUCCUCGGGCAAAGUGGCCGAUCUCACCUCGAAGAAUCACGAACUGUGUCAAGAGAUCACGGACAUACGCAACCUCGCCAGGAUGAUGGAGAUGGAGAAGAGGCAAAAGUUGAAAACUGCCGACAUGAAAUUGCAAGAUCUGAAAGAUGUUAACUGGAAGCAACAGGAAGUCAUUAAAAACCUGGAGGAUCAGCUCAGUAAAAAAAGAACGGCUUCAGAUCUACCAGAUGAAGACAAACAGACACCAAGGACUGUUGGCCGUCAGGGCAACAUUCACGUUGAAGCUUCUGACCUGGAUUUGAUCAAAUCCCAGCUUGAAGAUCAGUUGGGGGAUCUCAAAGAGCAGAAUGAAAAUUUUAAGGGAAUGGUGGAUUUACUGGCGGCAGAGAAGAGCAGGCUGCAGGAUAAAGUGCAGAAGAUGAUGUCUCUUGAGAAAGUCUUGGUGCUGGAGUUGGAGGGCUGGCGGACAAAAUACGGCAUUUGUGGAAGGGCACGCUCGCCAUCGCGUCUGGAUGCUUUUGUAAAGAGUUUGGAGGAGGAAAGGGAUCACUAUCGCCGGGAGGCUGAACACUAUAAAUACGUUAGCGUGUCCAGCAGCUCCAGUCGCAGUCCAGACCGGCAGAGGAGUCACGCAAUCGAGAAAACAAAACAACAGCCUGAUUACCAAAACUCCAACCCACCUGAUGAAAUUUGCAACCUGAAAGAGGCUCUCAGACUGGUAGAAGAAAAUCUCCACCAGGUGACAAAAGAAAAAAUCUCUCUAAUGGAAGAAUUGAACGAAAUGCGGAAGGCCCACCAAAGGUUAAACACGCCUCCGGGAAUCCUGAACCCGAAGGAACUGUUCAAACAGGCGGCAAAAAAAAUCCAACAGUUGACGAAAGCAAAUGACGGACAGAUGGAGGAAAUUGAGCCCGAGCGACGCAAAUCGAAUACAGAGAUCUCAAAUCUGCCAUCGGAAGAAAACAUCCAACACGCGACAGCAGAAGAAGACGCGCCGGAGGAGGAAUUUCGGCCCGAUCGGCGUGAUUCGACCAUGUCUGCUGAAAUCCUCGACCUGAAAGAGGAGCUUAGGCUGGCUGAAGAUAACUCCCAGGUGUUGAUGGCUGAAAAAGACUCACUCAUGGAAGAGUUUCAGCAAAAGCAGCUGGAGUGUGAGCAACACAGUUUAGAGAUGUCAAACAUCCAGGAGCGCCUUAAAAUGGCAGAAGAGAAAAUCCAGCAGCUGACGGGGGAAAAAGAAGCACAAAUGGAAGAGUUGAAGCGAAUGCGGGGGCAGCUGGCAGCACCAUCUGCUGAAAUCACCAAACUGAAAGAAGAGCUCCGCCAGGCAAAGGACCGAAUCCCGCAGGUGUCGACUGCAAAAGAUCCGCUGAUGGAGGAACUGAAGAAAAUGCAGCAGGAGCAUGAAAAGCAACUCUCGGACGUCUCUGCCGAAAUCUCAAAACUGAAAGAGGAGCUUCAACGGGCAGAAGAAAAGAUCCACCAGUUAACCUCUGAAAAAGACUCACUGGUGGAGGAGUUGAAGCAAAAGCAGCUCCGGCAUGAGGAGAAUGACUCAAAGACAUCUGCUCAGAUGGUCAUGCUAAAAGAAAAGCUUAAAAACGCAGAAGAGAAAAUUCAGCAGGCAAGGUCAGAAAAAGACACAAAGACGGAAGAAUUGAAGAAAAUGCAGAUACAGUUCGACAACGACAGAUUAAGUACAUUUGAUAAAAUCGCAAAACUCAAAGAGCAACACAACUUGGCUGAAGAACAAGUCCAUCUAAUGAAGGAUGAAAAACAGUCGCUGAUGGAGGAACUGAAGCAACAGAAGCUACAGCAUGAGCAACACACCUCCAACACAUGUGCUGAAAUCUCAGACCUGAAAGAGAAGCUCGGAGUGGCCGAAGCAAAAAUGCAGCAAGUGACGGCAGAAAAAGACACGCAAAUGGAGGAAUUUAAGCAAAAGCAACUGCAAGAUGUGGAGAACCACUCAAAACAAUCCGACGAACUGUUCGCGCUCAAAGAGAAAAUUACAAAGACAGAAGAAAAACUGCAGCAGGUGAAAUCUGAAAAAGACACGCAGAUGGAAGAAUUGCAGAAAAUUCAGGUGCAGCACGACGAGCAGCACUCGAAAGCCUCCGCGGAAAUCGUAAAACUAGAAGAGAAGCUCAGACUGGCGGAAGAAAAAAUCCAAGUGGUGAAAGGUGAAAAAGACUCACUGACGGAAAAAUUGGAGCUGCAACAGAGUACUCAUCAAAACUCAAAUACAGCCAAUGAAGUUGUAAAACUAGAAGGGAAGCUGACAGCAACAGAAAAAGAAAUCCAGCAGUUGACGGCUGAAAAAGACUCGCUGGCGGAGGAACUGAAGCUCCUGCAGCUGCAGAAUGAGCAACUCACCGCAAGCACCUCUGCUGAAAUCUCGAAACUGAAGGAGAGUCUCCGACUCGCAGAAGAAAAAAUCCGGCAGGUGAAGGAGGUAAAAGACUCACAGUUGGAGGAACUUGAGCCACUUGACCAAAGCUCUGACGAAGUUUUCGAACUGAAAGACAAGCUCAGGCUGGCUGAGGAAAAAAUCCAGCUGGUGACUGCGGAAAAAGACUCACUGAUGGAGGAGUUGAAGAAACGGCAAAAGACAAGUUCAAGUACAGCUGAUGAAAUUGCACAGCUGAAAGAGAAGCUGAGACUGGCGGAAGAAAACAUCCAGCAGUUGACCAGAGAAAAAGACACAAAAGAAGUCGAGGAGCAAAAGCAGAACCAACUCGAUGACCAAAGCGCAAAUGUGGCUGCUGAAAUUGUGAAACUGAAAAAAAAACUUCAACGGAGAGAAGACAAAAUCCUGCAGUUGACCAAAGAAAAGGACUCCAAUGAGGUCGAGCAAAAGCAGAAGCAAUUAGAGGAGCAAAGCGCAAUUGUGGCUACUGAAGUAGUUCAACUGAAAGAGAAGCUGAAACGGGCGGAAGACAAAAUCCAGCAGGUGGCAGUCGAAAAAGAUUCGCUGAUCAAGGAGCUGAAGCAAAAGUCGAGUUCAAAUACAACUGAUGAAGUCUCCGACCUGAAAGAGAAGCUCAGACUGGCUGAAGAAAAAAUUCAUCAUGUUACAUCUGAAAAAGACUCACUGACGGAGGAACUGAAGCAAAAGUCCAGUUCUAACACAUCCGAAGAAAUCUCCAACCUGAAAGAGAAGCUGAGAUUGGCUGAAGAAAAAAUCCAACAGGUGACAGUGGAAAAAGAUUCACUCAAAGAGGAAUUGAAGAUCCGUGGCGAUCAAAGAUCAAAUACGUCUGAUGAAGCUUUGAAUAUUUUGCGAGAGAAGCAGCGGGUGACGGCUGAAAAAGACUAUCUGAGGGAGGAAUUAAAGGGCGGGGAGAUUUCCACGCUGCAGUACGGACGUGGACACGAAAACAGGAUUCUCGACCUGCAGAAUCUCAUUCGUAGUCUGGAGCAGGAGAACCUGGAGCUGCGUUCACAGGUUUUCGCGCUACGGGACCGCGAACGGGAUGUGGAGCGGCAAAUGGACGCUCGCUCUGCUGCGCUGGUUCAGAAUGCGGAGGACGCGGCACGGCAGAGGAGAGCGGCGUCCGGUCUUCGGCGCCAGCAGGAGCAGAUUCAGGACGCGCUGUUGGACCUCCAGCAAAUGCUGUCUGUAAAGAACGACGAGUUGCACGCCGCUCACAGCCAGAUGGAAAAACUGGAGGACGUCAUCGAGUCGCUGAGUCAGCAGCUUUACCAACACAAGCAGGAAACGGAGGUCCUUCGCAUCUCUUUCUCGGCGUUGUGUAUAAAAAAGGACGUCGUGCAGGAGGAGGUGGCCAAAAAGAGCAAAAAGCUGGAGGUUCUCCAGGAGCAGCUCGCCAAGAAGCUGGAGGUGGAAGUGAACAGCCGCAAGAGGGAGCUGGCUGCUCAGAGGGUACUGGAGAACCACCAGGAGGCGCUCUCGAGACUCAAAAGAGACAACGAGUUGAUCAUCGGCGAGUACAGGAGGCUGCAGGACGACGUGGCCGCCGUGACGCUGGAGAAGCAAGCCGCUCACGAGGAGACGGAAGCGGCUUUACGCGAACGCGAUGAGCUCAGGCAAAGAGUCCAUUCCUACGUCAAUACCGUGUCCAGGAUUGAGAACGUCUUGAAGAUGAAGGAUCAGGAGAACCUGGAGCUCACGGAGCGCUUCCGCACGGCCUGUUCGGACCUGCAGGAACGGGAGAACCGGCUGCAGCACGCGGAGGGCCUCAUCGGCUCCGUCCGCCUGGAGCUCCUCUCGUCCGAGAAGGAACGGCAGCACCUCCGCGAAGCCCUCGUCCACAAGGACCGAGAGAUCCAGCAGGGUAUGCAGGAGAAUUGCAGUCCAGUUGAACUAAAAGGGAACUUCUUGGCCUUUCUAGCAUGCGCAGGACUCGCAGACGUACAAGGAGCAAGCGGCCAUGUUCGCCCACGCCGUUUCCCAACUGGAGGAGGACCUCCGCGUACUCCAGGAGGAGAAAGCGUCUCUCCUGGCCGACCUCGCGUCGGUCAGGGAGCUCUGCGUCAAAAUGGACUCGGACAAGGAGAUGGCCGCCCGGCGACUUUUGCACAAGAGCAUGGAGCUGGAAAGGGCCACCACCAGGCAGGAGGACGCUCUGACGGAGGCGGCGCUCCUGAAGGAGCACCUGGCCAGCGAGAAGCUGGCGCUGCGCAACACGGAGGCCAUGCUGGCCUCCAGCCGGCAGGAGAUGUUCCAAGCCCACCAGGCGGCCAGCGACAAGGACGCCGAGCUCAAGGCCCUCCGCCACAGGCUCACGCUGGCCGAGAACAAGAUCGUGGCCCACGCGAGGGAGGUGACCAAUCUGCGGGGGAAAGUCACUCAGCUGCAGACCAAGAUGGAGGUCCUGAGCAGCAAAGGACACGAACGCGAGGCCCUUCGCGACCCGCCCUCAUCCGACAUCUCCUUCAGGCCCUUGAGGGCCUCCUCGCCCGUCGACCACACGGCCGUUCCUCAUCAGAUGGCCCCCGACAGCCUCGUACAAGAAGAAGAAAUCAACCUGACAGAAGACCUCCAAAAGAAAGGCCGUAGUCCCACAACACCCACCACGUGAUUGCGCUUCCAUUCUGUGAGGCUUCAGGUUGCUUUGCUGCCAUCUUGUGGUAACCGUUGAAAAUUACUUUACACACCGAUUUGUACUAGUUCCACAUUGCCAAGGAUCAACGGUACACUCGUAGCAAAUUUGCGCAUUCCCUCUUCCUUCCGAUCGUGGGCCGGUCAAGUCCUGAUGGAUUCGACUAAAAGAUGAUCCCGAGUGAAUAUCCUGGCCCACAUCUUACUUCGAAUAAUUCGUAACCACUUCAAAGUUGCUAAAACGGCGCCAAACGUUUAGGUCGGGUCAGUGUUACGAGUUCAAUUUUUGACAUCGGCUUUUGGUUUCAUUUCAAACGUACUGAAGACACUCAGAAAAAGGAACACUCAAAAAAAAAAAAAAACAUAUUUGAAAUGUAAAAUUAUAUUUUGCAUUUUAUUCACAUUUUACCCUUCUUUUUAGGGCAUUUGUUGUGAGGCAAUACAAUUACAAAUUGUAUAAAGCAAAGUUAUGAUUUAUUCAUUCCGUUUGUAUAACUUAUGAACCACAUAGUGCUAACACUGCCCACUAAGAAAAUGACACUUUGUUUAUAUACGUAUAAACAAAUAUUGUCAUCCAAAAUGUUUUUUUAAAUUAAAAAUUCAGAGAUAAAUGCUUUUCAUUGAAAGGCUACUGUAUUUAAAAUUUUAUUUUUAUUUUAUUUGAAUUUUUUAAAUCUUGCCAAGAGGAAAUGAACAGGGGUGGACAAAAAAAAAAAAAAAAAAAAAAAAAAGGAAAAAGAGCAGCCCCAAUAAAGGUUACGCCAGGUGAGGUUUAUGUUCAUAUUUUUCAAUGUUCACGCUCUAUAUUUUAAUUGAUUAAACAAGAGCAGAAGCGUUUACCUUUCUGUUGAUGGUGAAAACAUGAACACGGGUCAACGUGACCCGUGUUCAUUUACGGUGGAAAAUUUUGGCAAAAAUUGUCAAUUCAGCAAAGAAAAAAAAUGGAUACAUACAUAUACAAACUGUACAAUUCAAGCAUAAUUCUGUGGUUUAAUAAAUACAAAUUGGCAAAUGCUG